AUGUCUGGCAACCUUCUGCUGAAGAAUGUUUCGUACAUCUCCCGCACAUUCCUCGACAAGGAGCCAAUGAAUAUGACGAACAAGCACAAGCUCAAGCUCAAGCUCAAGCUCAAGCUCAAGCACAAGCUCAAGCACAAGCUCAAGCACAAGCACAAGCACAAGCACAAGCACAAGCUCUACGGCACUGAGUUUAGUCAACGAUUCGAGGCCGUCGAAGAGAUACAAUGGCCUCUCUUUACCACACGAGAUGCUGACGGCAAAAAAGAUUUCCGAAAGGACCAGAGCCUCCAAGACCUCCCCACCAUCCAGGCUGACUUCAGCGCCCUCCUCGUCCAUGACCAUGACGACGAGAGCGAGCUGAGCUCACAGCAGAGCCUGGCCUCUCCGCUCUCUCCCCUGCCAGCGAGCAGGCGCAGCAAGGAGCUCGACACGGCCGAGUCCUACGAGGCGAGGCGCAUGCAGGCGCUGGAGAGGAUGCCGAGCCGACAGAGGCAGCUCCAGGCACUGGAGCACUGCAUCCGGCUGCUCACCUCACCGGAGCGACCCGUGAUCACGAGCGCGACGGGCCAGCGGAUGCAGCUAUGA